AGAGUGUUCUGUGCACAGUUGACAGUAGCUUCUGUGAAGUGAUGCGAUUGUGAAGUAAAUACGGGUGUAAGCCUGUGCUGGGAUUUAUUUUUAAUUUUAUUUUAAUUUACUAUGCAAGUAAUAACGCGUGGCUAAGCUAUAAAAAAAUAAUGAAUAUACUUUUUACAUCAAGGACAAAAGAACUAAUAUUGUAGAACCAAGUAUUUCAUAUAAAACAUCCACACAAAAGUUUUCGGUACCUUUAGUUUACGGUAUUCACUAUACAAGGUGUGUCGUUUGAAUUUGAACUAGUGGGUGAAUAACAAGCACCAAUGUGAAAACAGGUGUUAUUUUACAAUAAAUCAUCUCUAAUAACUAUGAACGAUAUUGUGACAACAUUGUUUUGGUGAUUGUGUUAAAUCUUGGAUUUAGGACUGGUCAUUAUUACAGUUAUAUCGAAACGUAAACAUAAUGUGUUUUAUUAAACACCAACAAAGUUCCUGAUGAGUCUAGAACAUUUAAUGUUUUUGGCUGUAUCAUGCAGCCAUGGCGAGUGGCAAGACAUUAUACUCGCUGACAGUUGUAAUACUUGGCUUCAUAUGCUUUGUGGUUGGAGCAAUAGCUGUCGGUCUACCCACAUGGGGCUACUUUUAUAGCUAUGAUUCUGACCUUGCACUCUCCCUGCCAUCCUAUUAUUUGGAGAACCCAAACUUUGACCAGGGCUAUUUCGGACCGUGGCGUGUUUGCAAGAAGCUGCUCUACAACCGGGAGAAAUGCGGAACAGAUGUGUCCAAAUUUCGGCCGAACAGCGCGGUGUACCUGGCCGGCGUGGUGGCGGCCGUGGGGGUGUCGGUGCUGGGAGUGUUCUGUGUGCUGUCGGUGUUGCAGCUGGCCAUGAUCUCGUCCAAGGAGAAGGUGCUCCUGACGUACACCAGCCUCGUCAUGAUGAAACUAGCGCUGGCCCUCCUGGCGACACUGCUGUCCAUAGCGGCGGCAGGUCUGUUCGCUGCCCAGGGUGAUGAAAGAGGAUUCUAUCUGACGCGAGGAGAGGCUUUCUAUGUCCAGAUAGUUUGCAUCGUGAUCAACUCGGUCCUGUUCAUCACGUCGGUGUACGACACGCUGUUCUCGCGGCGGGAGGGGGGCGACCCCACCGCGACGGACCAGCAGGCGCAUGCGACCACUAUUAACAACCCUGGCUUCAAGGAGGGGAGGGGUAUAUCAAUGACCGACGCUUCAGGCAAGCCGUACUCCACCAACGGCCACGGAAGUGUGGCCUCUGUCAACACCACCGGCACCACCCUGACCGGUCUGUCGGACGCCAGCACCAUCACCAGGUCGCCGCUCAGGUCCUCGCUCAAGAAGCCGCGGCCCGAGCAGGGGCCCGGCGCCGGGGGCAUUCACAACCCGGGCUACUCCGGACAUUCGCCGCCGCUCAAUAGAAACGGUAGCCAAAAGAAAGUACGGAUUCAAACUCAUAGUACCGAGGUGUGACCACGAUCCGAUAGCUACUUAACACCACACACAAGUCAUGCACAUUUUAUUAUAUUAAAUAAUUUAACAAAGGGCAACUCCGUACUCCAACUGAUUCUCGGUCAUUAUUAAGUUUUGAUUUACAUUUGAUAUACGAUGAGAUGAACACAAAAUAGAUCGGAGUGAACUCACUGCUGAAUGAGUACCGUGACCAAGUAAGAGGCCUCAGUAGAACACAUUACUGUGAAUAUAUAUGGCUUUAUUUUAUAUAAUUAAUUGUAGUAGUUAUCUACUUUAUAAUCUAGUAAGUAUAUAUUGAAAUUAAAAUAUCUGAGCAUAGUUAUAAAUUAAAUCAUGCUUUCUGAUAAAAUAAUCAAAUCAACAAUGGUUGUCAAACUCCCGAAUAAUUUAAUGAUGACUUAAAUCUCAUGAUCUUCAUUUAUUGAGUUUUGCACUUUCAAUAUUAAUUAUCCGCCUCACUGAAUGGCCAAAACUGCACACUCAUACUGUAACUAAACAUUAGCAGAGAUAAUUAUGGACUGCCAAAUACAUUAUAUUACGUAUAUUUACGACCAAUACGGAAGCGAGAUGUGUGCAUGUGUGAGUGCGACAGACAUACUGGAGGUCACUGACCGAAAUUCUGUGCGCGACCAGAGUAUAGCUAAGAGACCCCAUUUGAAGUGUCCUCAUAUUAAGUUAGACAAUCUGAUAAAUAUAAGAUUUUGAAAGCUGCAUCAUUUGUGUAAAUUAUUUAUUGUUUUAUAUAAUAUUUGUUAGCUCUAGUUGUUAAGUGUUAAGAUAUGUAAAUGUUGUUCUGUUACAUUAAUUUGAGACUUUGAAAUACAUUUGACACAUUAAAUGUAGUUGUGAUAGUGUCUAAAAUGAAAUUUAAAAUUGUUUUUAUGCAAUAUUUUCUGUAUACAUAUACUUAGCACAUGUAAUACAUACAUUGAGAGUUUAUUGGAGUCGUAGGAACUCGUCAGUUAUUCUCAAGCCUCUCAACUGCGGCCUGCUAACAACUGUCUCUCUCCCAACGACUGCCAGCGACAUGCCUCGUUUCUCUGUCAGACGCCUGGGGUGACUUGUCACACAGACUCAUUCUUUUGUUCGUUACAAUAUUAUGUGAACCCGGCAUAAGUCGAAUAUCUUAUUAUUUUAUUGUUUAAUAUUAAAUUUUAUAAGUUGCUAAUUAAGUGGUUUGCUCCAAAAAAUCAAAAAAUUAUAUUUUAGCAUAUUACCCUCCAAAAUGUAUAGAUAACAUUUAUUUUAAACAUAUUACCUACUUACUUAUAUAGCUACAAUAAUUAUGGUUUGUUCGUGAAAUUACGUUUAUAAAACACCAUUGUGCAAUAAAAAGGAUUCUCGUUUGAUUUUCAAACAUAAAUUUUCUUAUAAAAAUUAAGUAGUUGUAUGUAUGUUACAUUACUAAGAUAUAGUAUGUACCUAUAUUUGUUGUUUUUUACAAAGUUUGGAACAUGGUUCUUUAUUGUAUAUAAUUAAGCACAAAGUGUUGCAUUUAAAGUGCAAUUUAAAACUUAUUCUUUUUGAUUUGUCCGGAUUUUGUUUUGUUUCGAAUUUAUUUUUGCAAUAUAGAUGUUAGGUAUUGAUAAUAUUUUAUGUGUGACUACGAAUACAUUAUUAUUAUUUUACGACGUGAUUCUGAAUUGAUAGAAAAACAAUCAUAAUAAAAAUAAUCAUUAAUGUUUCAUUUAUGAGAUGUUAACAUUUAAUAUUAAGCAUUUUACUAUGGGGUUGUAAUGUUUGAUGUAAUACAUGUCAUAACAUGUGGUAUGUUACCAGAACGGACAAACUUGAUUUAUUUAUGAAAUGUAUUACAAUAUUUUCACAGAAUAUUUUGUAGUAGUCUCGUAGACAUACCUAGGUAUACCAUAAACCGCACAAUACAAACAUACCUACACCAUGGACUUGUCAUAUGUACCGGGAUAAUAACUGCUAUAUAAAAAAAUAUUUGAGCCGUACUUUAUAGUGAGUAUAAUUAUUAUAGUUAAAUUUUUCUUUGCGUAAAAUAUAGUUUAGCGUCAUUAUCUAUAAUUAUUUAAUUUUUUGUGAAGGGUCUUCUGUGGAAUACUAAGAAUAAUAGCACAAAUAUGAGGUGAAUAUCCUCCGCAUUAUCCCGUUAAAGUAUCUGGUAGGUAAUAACACCUUCUGUGUUAGUAAGUCUUUUGUGGAGCGAUGUAUAUGCUUUUACAACAGGAUCCCAGAAAAUGUUCAAAACAAAAGUAUUACGUUAUUCAAAAGAAUUGUUAAAAAACGUUUGUGUGGUAAAGGUUACUAUAACAUAAAUGACUUUCUUAAUGAUACCACAGACUGGGAAUGGAGCGACCGCCCUCAGGCUAUUAAAUAAUAAGUUUAAUUGUACAAUGUUACUUUGUAAAUGUUACUUUAAUUGUAAAACAUAUUUUUGAUGAAAAAAAAGCUGAGUUUGUUGCGCCCAUUCUUCUCAAUUUCAAUAAGUGAUUUCACAUCCUAUUUUGAAUAAAAAUAUUUGAAAUUGAAUUUGUGCCUAUGUUGGGUCAACUGGCGAUCUUUUUCACUGAAUACAUUGCAGGUGCUCUGCAGAGAUCAGAACUUAAUUAGUUUAACAGACUUCCUAGGUGUGGGACCCGCUGGAGUAUACAAUUUAAACAUAUAUUAUUUCUCCCAACAACAACAAAGUUUAUAUUCUCAUCCUUAUAUAUGAUUUACGUAAAUUUUAUAUUAGGUGUUCCAACACAAAUUAUUUUAUACAUUUUGUUUUCUUCUCAUUUCACAUAUAAAGGUGGAAUUUAAUUCAGUGAACCACAUUGGAGAUCAACCGCCAUGACACAUCAAAGGUUUACCAACGAAUAAGAAGAAAAAGAAUAUGAAAUAAACCGGGAGAUAAUAUUAUAUCUUACUCUAUAAUUAGUUCGAGACUUCUAACAAAGUUUCAAAAACCCCUUAGAAUAAAUAAAUGUAGUAACUUCAAUUAUUAUUGGUCAAUUUUUCUUAUGAACUACACUAAAUAACUACAUUACACAAAAGAACGCAAUACAGGUGUUCAUAGUAGCUGUCCUUGUUAGCCUCUGUGCAAGGCACUGUGAUAAAUUGGUUUAAUUUAAUUAAUUAUAAAUAUAGUUAUUCAAAGCAUUCAUUCCUGUUAGUAUGAUAAGUCCAUGAUAAUAUAAUGAAUGACAGCCACAGUAUAGAAAAGAUUAUCAUCAAGAACCAAUAAUGUUUCAGCAAUGUGUCGAUGAAAGGUAUUUAAUACGAGGUUUUCAACUUUAACUGUUUCCAAACAUAUUUGUUUAAAGAAUCCCACCAGAGUAAGUCCACAUGAAAAUGUAUGUAAUUAAUAAUAAUGUAAAGUUGACUGAGGGUUAUAUGGCGACAAUAUGUACAAUAAUAUUAUACAAAUCAAAUUAUGUCAUAAAAUUAUGUAACAAUUUAAAAGUGGUCCAGUUUGGUUUCGGUAAAUCCUGACCCGGACUCAACAUUAGAGAACCUUCCUUUUGAGUUAUCGUAUAUGUUGUUAGCAACGGCUGACUUAACUCAACAAUUGACUAAUUUGAUUAAUUGGCCAUCACUCUAAUGUCAUCGUGUAUAUAUUGAAUCAUUUUUGAUUGUAUAUUUUAUAUAUACAAUUAUAGGUAGUAAAUAUAGAAAUAUAUUUAAGAAUAAAUAUUUAUAGAACAAUUAGGAAUGUGCCUUUGUAUUAACUUAGAUUAGUUUUAAUGUUCCGUCCACCUGAUCUUAAUUUUUACUUGGAUUUCGAUAUUACAUACAUGUAUAUACAUAUAUAUUUUUAUUAAGUAUUAAUACUUUACAAAGUUUUUAAAAUUGCAAAGCAUUAUGUUGAGAACUUAUUGUUAAUAUGAUUUGUAAGAUUUAAAAUAAAUUGUAUGAUUUAUAGCUCCGUCCAUUUAUGUUUAUUUUUGACGUUUUGUUUGUCAUUACAAAAUAAAUUCAGUGUGACA